CAAUAUCUCGUGCGCUCUCCGACUCUGUGAACAAAAACUUGCUCUCUGCGAGUAAACAAGAGCGUAAUAUGUGCGCUCUCUGAGUGCAAAGAUGACAGCGUAUAAAUAUCAUUUUUAGCUGUUUGCCGACGUUCAGUUGAAAUAUACUGCUCGUUGAGUUUAGUCGAAGAGCGCAUUCGCAUUGCGCAAACUAACGACACAAUCACAAAAAUAAAAAAAUUGGAACGCGAAUUACAAAAUAUAUCUAAGAUAUUACAACUUAUGUUGUAAAGCAAAUAAGAACACCGAACAUAAAGUGCAAACAAGUUAAACGUGUAUUUCGCAAGUCUCAAGUUUAACUCAACUCGACUCGUCAGUUUUCUCUGUGGCUUGAGUGAGUGGCGUGUUUUUACGUGACCAAUAAGAACAGAAGAACGAUAAUCGACAUUUGCAAGUGCAACAAAAAAGCAAUACCCAACGCAUUUGUUUAUAUCAUAUUUCUAAACAAAUAUACAAAAAAGCAACAAAUACGAAUUUCACUUUUUUAAUGAGUCUCUAAAAAAGACGCAAAACGACGAAUACAAGCAUACAAUUACGCUCAUGCUCACACAUAUGAAGACGAUUUGUGGAGACUCGUAUCGCAUGUAAGUGUGUGUACGUGUAAUUUCAUGGGAGUGUAUUAGUGAGCUCUCCCCUCUUUUUGCGUUGAGCAGCAACGACGUACAGGCAGGCACAAAAAAUAAUACUUUUUGGCGCCAAAACUUUGACAGUUCGCUAAGUCGCAAAUUCGCAAAAACAAGUAGGCAGAAAAAGCUGUCCCAAAACACACGAUACAAGAAAAAACGAAAGAACGAAUAAAAAUAAAGAAUAAAUCAAAUAAACCACGCAAACAAAAGUGCAACAACAAAGACAAUAACAACAUGGUCAGCGCACGUACGCUCCAUCCAGCAAUUCGAAGCGAGUUCUGCACGAUGAUGGCCAGCCCAGCCGUCAGUCGCAAUUCACCCUGCAUCCGUCAAUUGGAUCGUAUCAAACGCAAUCUGUUUGGUACAGAGCAGACACCGCUAAUAGAAAACAAAACCAACUUCUUUAGCGCUGAGCUGGAAAUUCGACAGGAGCGCGCCUCACAGAAGUGGUGCUUUGAUUUUCGCGCAGAUCGCCCGCUGUCCACAAAUGGCACCUAUAAUUGGGAACGCGUCAGUACGCAAGAAUCGACUUUUGCACCACAGAUGUACACACUCACCCGUGCCGCCCAUGUACGUCCCAUUGCCGCUGGCCCGGCCAGUGAUAUGGAUGCGUUGUUGGAUGAACGUGCCGAUCGUGAGAAUUUGGCGAAUUCCUCGCUGGACUCGAACACUGAUACCGAGUACGACUCGCAGGAUGACUCGCUGACGUUCAACAGCAGCAGCAAUGUGGUGGCGUCCACCUCUGCAGCCGCGUUGACCGCCUCCGUCUGCUCCUCUUCCUCCACUAGUGCAACCUGCAGCUCCCCCGCGCAGCAACGCAAGCGACAGCUUAAAAUCACAGAAUUUAUGAAGGAGCGCAAGCGACUGGCACAGGCGCCCAAGAAAAUCUCACCCGCCAAACGUUUGCGCUUCUGCUCCGGCAGCAGUAGCAGCAACAUGAGCGCCAGCUCCUCUGGAUGCUCGCUUAAGCGCACGCGUCACAACUAAAUCAUCAACAGCGGCUGCACAGCGGGCAAACAGAAAACACUCAAUUUGCAAUUUGUAAUUUUAAUUUUAAUUUUUUACUACACUGCAAAGGGCAACAUACGUAUUUUUUUACAAACAAACACACAAAACCUAAAACACACCAAUACAUUUCUAUGGCGUAUAUUUUAAGUAGUUUUCACAUUGCAUUUUUUUACACAUACAAAAUUAACUACUCAUUUUUGUGCAGUGCAAGGGCGAAAGUUGCGAAUAUUAACAUAUAGUUUAACUAGUUUAUAUGCCAGUUACUACAACCAGUACUAGUACUAGAACAAAAUAGUUACUAAGCAUUAGCUAAGUAGUAUCGAGCUAUAUGAAACUUAUUAGAUUUCUCUAGUGAGAAAUGCCAUAAACUAAGUGAUUAGUUCUUAACAACAACAACAACAACAACAAACACUACUACAACAACAAAAAGAAUUCGAAAUAACGUAAACCAAAAUUUAGAAGGAGUCGGAAACCCUUGAGACAUCUUUAAUGAAAAAUACAUUUUGAAUACCAUCCUUAACUUUGAAUUAUAUAAGCUACUAACUACACUAAAUUGUAAAUUAUAUCUUUUAAAUUUUACCAGCAACUUGAGAGUUCC